GGAGGCGGUGCUGGCCCUCCUCCUCCAUCAUCAUCAUCACCACCGUUUAACGCGCACAGCCAGACCGAGGAGAGACCGCGACCGGCGCGCAGCUACGCUCCCUGCAGCCGCUGCCUGGACCAUGAGGACUGGACCAUGAGGAGCGGAGCGGCGCCGCAGCAGAGAUGCGUCUCCCCCGCUCCUUGAUCAGCCUCCUGGCCGUGACCGCGCUCUGCGUCACCGCGCCGGCCCUGGACCCGCAGGAUUUUCUGGAGAAGUACGGCUACCUCCACCAUGACCAUCACCUCCACAAUGCAGUUGAAGUGCAGUCAGCCAUCCGAGAGUUCCAGUGGCUGUCCCGGCUACCCAUCACCGGGGAACUUGACGGCGCCACCCUGCAGCAGAUGGCAGAGCCCCGCUGCGGUGUGUCGGAUGAGGGCAGCCAGCAGAUCUGGGCACAGAGAGUUAAUGUCAUCUUCACCGGAAAGACACUGCAGCAACGCAGGAGGCGCUCUGCGAGGCAAGCUGAGAAGUGGUCCAAGCAUCACCUGACCUACCAGAUAGUGAACUGGCCUCGUCACCUGUCCCUGGGCUCCGUGCGUCUGGCGGUGCACACGGCCUUCCAGCUGUGGAGCAACGUGUCGGGCCUGGUUUUCCAGGAGGCUCCUAAAGGUCCCGCAGACAUCCGUCUGGCCUUCUAUGAGGGGGACCACAAUGACGGGGCCAGCAACGCCUUUGAUGGACCAGGGGGGACCCUGGCUCACGCGUUCCUGCCGCGGCGAGGGGAAGCCCACUUCGACAUGGCAGAGAAGUGGACGCUUAACGGACACAAAGGUCACAACCUGUUCAUGGUGACUGCCCAUGAGAUCGGACACACUCUGGGUCUGGAGCACUCCCCCGUGCGGCACGCUCUCAUGUCCCCGUACUACAGGAAACUGGGCCGCAGCCUGGUCCUGAGCUGGGCCGACAUCAUGGCCGUGCAGCAGUUGUACGGUAAACCGUCCAACAAUCGCCCCGUCAGGUUGCCAGGUCAGGUGCUGAAUGCUGCGCUGCAGGAGUGGGAGUUCUCAGAGCUGCAAAGCCAGGGUGACACGGCAGGGCUGCCUCUCUACUGCCGUGGGGCCUUUGAUGCCAUCACUAUGGAUCAGAGUGGGACGGUGCUGGUGUUCCGGGGCGGCAUGUACUGGUCCGUUUCAGCUAAAGGUGGCGUGAGCGGCCCGCUGCCCCUCCGUGAGCGCUGGUCUCACCUCCCCCAGGCCAUCGAGGCCGCUGCCUUCUCCCCGUUGGACUCCAAGUGGUAUUUCUUCAAAGGGAAGCGGAUGUGGCGCUACACAGGCAAUGUGCUGGACCCCAACUUCCCCAGGAAGAGCAGUGAGCUGGGCAUGCCUCGCCACCCGGACUGCGCUUUCUACUACGCUCCCCUGGGUCACAUGGUACUCUUCAAGGGAUCCCGUUACUUUGUGCUCAAUCUCAAAAUGUUGCGCCAGGAACCCUACUACCCCCGCAGACUGAGCGACUGGACUGGCGUACCACAGGGGACUAACGGGGCGCUGACGCGUUCGGACGGCCGGCUUUACCUGUUCAAAGAUCAGCAGUUCUGGAGAUUUGACCCGGUGAAGGUGCGAGUCACCAGGGAGGGCCUGUGGGCCAAGGAUCUCAGCUGGACUGGUUGCAGUUAUGUUCCCCGGAGCAAUAACAUCCUCUGACCAGCAGAAGGAGCUGUGGGACUAUAAGUGCAAUUUGCUGAUGCGCUCUAUGUCUGAUCAUGGAGGUGUUGAGCUUUUAGGGAUGAACCUUCCUUGAGUUUAUGUUGCAAUUAUGAGCCUGGCUUGAUUGAGUUUGGCACUACUUCAUACAUUUCUGAAGCACAUACACUAUUUAUACUACUGAGCGAUCAACGUCAAUUCAUGUGUGUAAUUACAGCCUUUUAAACGACAACAAAAAAGAUUGCAGGAUUUUUUUAAAACACAUUUUCUUCCUUUUUCCACUGACAGAACAAACAAGCAAGUAAAAAUAUGUUCCCAUCUGUGUUUAUGCAACGUGACCAAUGUAUGUUAACAUGCUGCAGUACGUGUGACCGUGGGUCUGGGAUUGUAUAUUCUGUACUGUAACAGAGAGCCUGAACCUUCUAAUACAGUGUUAACAAUUAUUUUGCUUAACUAUGACAUGCUUUACUUUUUUUUUAUUUCAACCUUUUUAGGGUUGAGGGGUGGACCAAAUAAAAACGCACCCUAAAACCUG